AUGGAUGAUGGCUACAGCAUGAACUCCUUCUUAAAGGACCAUCUCGGCUUCCUUCGCUGCCUCUGGGAUAAAAUAUGGCCACCAGAAGAAGCACCAGGGGAACCCGUCGUGGUGACGGUCUCAGGGCAGAAAUUAGAUAUGAUGACUGUCCUGUACGAUUUUGAUGCCCGAACCAACGACGAGCUGAGCGUAAUGCAGGGGGAAGAGCUUUGUAAGAUAAGUGAUGAGGGGGAGUACAUGAUGGUACGGAAAGUAACGGGCAGCCUGGAGAUAGGAUUGGUUCCUUCAACCUACGUGACCUUCACAAGUUCCCCCGUAAACUCUGUUUCCAACACUGAAUCGUGAGUAUAAAAAAAAAAUACUAAUUCCUGUUUGCUGAGUCUUCUAUUCCCCUCUGAUCAGUUAUAUUCCUUAUUAAUGUACAUCUUGGGAGGGUUAUCCUAUUGGACAGAACAGACCGGAGCCUAUGGGCCCCUUGGUGGAGGGUUCUCCCAGCUCUCUCUAUCCGCAGCCUUAUUUGACUAUUUCUAACGUGAUUUUUGAUCAUUGACCAGCUGCGUGAUAGUAAUAAUUCUAUAUUACAUGUUACAUUAAGCUGGGACAGUUCCUCGUUCACCAUUGUCUUUUGCUAGGGGCCCAUGGAAGACAUGGUGGCACACAUGGGGGGGAUCUGACCCUGCAUGUGGUGUGGACUAACCAUUCUUUUUUUAUCCAUAGAGCUGUUUAGCCGUUUGUAUAUUCCAAGCAUAGAAAUGAAUUCCUUCUUUGGGAGCCAAACACUGGCCCCAUACCUCAUAAUCCAAAAGCCCUUAACCCCCAAAUACAGUAUUUAAUUUGUUCCUCCCACUGGGUCCUUGUCCAAUAGUUUCCCCGUUGUUUUCCUGGACAUGUGACUUCAUGCUAAUUAUUAUUAUUAUUUUAUUAUUUAUAUAGCGCCAGCAAAUUCUGUAGUGAAUGAAAAGUGAUGCCCUACACUUUACAUGAGAUGUAAACCAAUUCUGCAAUCAAGGAAGAACACGAGAGUUUAGUCUGUUAUUAAUAUAAUUAUCAGCGUGCCCAUUCUGCAUAGUUUAGGGCAGCAUCCGUCAUGCAGAGCCCAUCGAUAUGUAGAAGUGGUGUGUCCAUGAAAACAUGGCGAUUUUGGUUAAAUCUAUUUACAUUAAUACCAGUUUUGCUGUCCUGACCUAAAGUAUACAUUUCCCUGAAAAUCUUCCCAUUCCGCGAGAUUGAAGUAAAAACUGAAUUGCAAAAAUUAGAACAAGUUGCUGAUUUGUAAACAUUUCUCUCCCUGCUGCAGUCAUACUUUGGCUAUUUUAAGUCUGAAUUUUAUAAUUUUGUUUUAAAUACUACAAGUCCCUGUUUAAUGAAUGAAUUGUGUGGGAUCAUGGGGAUUCUAAUGUAUUUAUAUUUAUUUAUUUUGCUUUCAUAACAUUCCCAAUCCAUGACUUACUCCUGUCUGUUUCCUCUCUUGCGGUUUCAGGGGUUUCGUAGAGGUAAGCCGAACAGAAGCAGAGAGACUGCUCCUCAUGCCCCCCAAUGUGUCUGGUUCCUAUCUGAUCCGGCCCAGUGAUAGCAAUGUCGGACUGUAUUCACUGUCAGGUGAGCUCGGCGUGUGAUUUUGGGGUGCUAUGUCUGUUACUUGGCACUGGAACAUCCUGUGUUCUAAAAACCCAUUAUAAAUCCAGACUAACAAUUGUUUGUAACCUGCAACGCUCAUCACACUCAGCCAACCAUCACCUAGCUGGGAUUUAUGGGCGUUGUAGUCUCCUGCAGCCUUUACUGAAGCACUCACACUUUGAUACCUCCGCUAAGAUUAAAUCAGAAGACCCCAAGUCAUUAAAUAAAGAUGUAGGGUUUUAUUUGGUAGAUGCCAAAUUAUCAUGAAUUGGAAAAACAAAUUGCAAAAUUGAGGCUAGAAUAGCUGACUUGGAAUUAAUUCUCCCCACUCCCCUAUAACCACAGCGCAGCUAUCUGAGCCUCUGUUUGGCAAUUCAGUGAAUACAAUCCAUAAAACCAUGGCAUGGUCAUCCCUUCCUCCAUACCCAUAAAUACACACACAUUGUGAUGGGCAAAUAAUGUCCACAGCUUUAUCUAGACAUAUCUUUAACAGAUAAAACAAAUGUCAUUGUCAAACAUAUCUAGACUAUAAAUAUCUCUCGGGAUUUAACACCAUAAGGAUGCUAUUAAACGGAAAGGUAUAAUAAAGGUAUAAUGGGACACAACCUUUUUAUUUAUUUUUUUUUGUGCAGAGGGUUGGAGGCGCAUGGCCUAGUCUCCCAGCAGAGGUGGUAAAACAUGAUACAAACAGGCAUUAUUAAGAUAUUCCAGGCUGUGAUUUUAGACCUGAGAUGGGCUGACUAGAUGUGUUCUAUUUAAAUGAUCAGUUUUAAAGGUGGGAGUGUAAGAAACUUCGAGUUCCCUUAGAAUUGAAUUAACUGAGGCACAACCCCUAAUGUCUGACUGCCAUCUGGGAGCCUCUACAGCUGGGGCUGCCCAAAAGGUAGAUCCCCAGGUGUUUUAAAACCAUGAUGCUUUGUCAUUUGAAAGGCAUGCAAAGCAUCCUGGGAGUUGUAGUUCUACAACAUCUGAGGAUCUACCUUUUAUGAACCCCUGCUCUACAGUCACCUCUUAUACAACACUCCAGAGACUGUUGGUUCUAUGAACAAUAUUUAGCUAUAUAUCCACAAUCCUGGCUUAGCAUUUUGGGAGUGUUAAUUCGUAGCAUGUGAAGUGAAACUGUGAACCCUUGCUCCCAGUCUAUUAAGUCAAAGAAGUACAGUCUGUCAACAUUCAAGAAAUUCUAAAGUUCAGUUUGUCGAUGACUUAUCAGCAUUCCUACACCGAUACACGCCUUCGCUGUGGGCGAUACGAGGCAUCAGCCCUGCACGCAAUUAUUCAGAACCGAAAUUAAGACACUUAUAAAAAUAAUUUCUAUUUUAUUUUUGGUGCAAACUAAGCAGGGCUCUGACAUAUCCGUUUUGGGCUGGUAAUAGUAAUGCUGAGAAUCCUUCACUCCAAUGAGAGGAAUCUCUAGAGUCUUAAUGAACCGUACACAACCAGGAGGGUUAAUCAUUACAGCAAGAAUUGUCAUGAAUUUAAAGUGGAUUUCAAAUUUACCGUCAAAAUGGAGAAAUUCUCCCAGUCCGUUACACUUUCAGUCCGGUUAAUUUAAACUUUCAUUUGAUAUGAAUUCGAUUUCAAUUCCGAACAAUUCCCACUUUAAUGAAUAAAACGUUGGUUAAUUCACUAUACAAAGAAUUGACAUAAGAAUUGCUCAUUUAAGGCCAUCAUUAAUUAUAAAGCUAUGAUUGGGUUUUUUCCAUUGUUUAAAACAAAGCAAAUAUUUUUUACAAAAAUGUUAUUAAUAAAUGUAUAAGAGAAUUGUUUGUUAUAGCUAAUUUUUAUAGCAUCUGUUAUUUACGGCUGAGUGUUAACUCAGACAAUAGACGGUUAACUGAUCUCACCUACUGUUUGUUUUUGGGAGAGUCUUGCUUUAACCGUUAAAUACCCCUGCAUUGUACGUGGCUGUUAGAAUCAAUUGUUUGCGUUCGUUUUCUAAAUUGUCAGAGACUUAUCAAAAUUAUCUUAUAUUUGGUGCUGUGAACUCUGCAGGAACAGAAUGUUGGUAGUUACUUCACUUUUGUGACUUUGCGUGACAUUAUUAAAUAGGAUCAUUUGAUAAAUCCUUCCCCCCAUUGUGUGUGGCAAGAUGUUCUUCUCCACUUUUGUUGAAGGCAAUAUUUAGCGCGCAUGUUGUACGUUAGAAUAUGAGUCCGACUGCCCCUCACGGUACCCACUCUUUACUUCCUCACAGUGCGCAAAGAUGAAAAAGUGAUUCAUUUUCUCAUUAAUAAAAACAAUCGGGAGGAAUUUUACCUGAAGCCAGGAAGAGUCUUUGCAACAAUACAGGAACUUGUCAACUUCCACAAAAUUAAUUGGAAACUCCUGAAAAUCCCUCUCCUGCAGCCGUAUAUUGAGGUGGCACUGGACGAGAACGAUAGGAUGUAUACGCCAGAACAGGUAGGUGGUUAAUGACCCACUGACAGGGUGUAUACCCCAGAACAGGUAGGUGGUUAAUGACCCACUGACAGGGUGUAUACGCCAGAACAGGUAGGUGGUUAAUGACCCACUGACAGGGUGUAUACCCCAGAGCAGGUAGGUGGUUAAUGACCCACUGACAGGGUGUAUACCCCAGAGCAGGUAGGUGGUUAAUGACCCACUGACAGGGUGUAUACGCCAGAACAGGUAGGUGGUUAAUGACCCACUGACAGGGUGUAUACGCCAGAACAGGUAGGUGGUUAAUGACCCACUGACGGGGUGUAUACCCCAGAGCAGGUAGGUGGUUAAUGACCCACUGACAGGGUGUAUACGCCAGAACAGGUAGGUGGUUAAUGACCCACUGACAGGGUGUAUACCCCAGAGCAGGUAGGUGGUUAAUGACCCCCUGACUGGGUGUAUACCCCAGAGCAGGUAGGUGGUUAAAGACCCACUGACAGGGUGUAUACCCCAGAGCAGGUAGGUGGUUAAUGACCCACUGACAGGGUGUAUACCCCAGAGCAGGUAGGUGGUUAAUGACCCACUGACAGGGUGUAUACCCCAGAGCAGGUAGGUGGUUAAUGACCCACUGACAGGGUGUAUACCCCAGAGCAGGUAGGUGGUUAAUGACCCACUGACAGGGUUGUAUUGUAGUGCUCACAAUAUUCACUGAUAAAUAAUUCAGCAUUGUAUUUUCAAGGCCAAAUUUUUAAACAUGGGGUGCACGAAAAUGCACCCCUAAAUGAUGUUUGAAUAUUGAAAUAAUGUGUAUUGCAACACCAAUCAUUCUCAGCCAAGUGGAGCCUCCUUUAGACCACACAGAACAUCGACAAAACAUUUGAAGAGGAAUUUUACUAUUACUAUUAAAAUAUGUAUUUAUGAGGUCUGAAAAAUAAAAUUAAAACAGAAAUCCACAGCUCUGUGUUUACCUCUAUCCUGGAGCUGGGUGCCUCCAUCUUGGCUCCCUGGUGGAGAUUAAUAAGUGGUGACUAAGAUCUACCAUCCUGGUUCUCCAGUAGAGCUGAAAGGGUUGUAGAUAGGAGGCUAUGUUGGGGCUUUAAGUUCUGCCAAUUGCUGGAAGUUCGAGAUGUAGGGAACCCUGUUCUGUCAUACCAAUAUUGUCUCUUUACCUCUGUUUAUGUAUUUUAGGAUCUCCGAUCGAAUGAUAGCUGGGAAAGACCCCGUUCAGAGUUCAAACUGCUUAAUAAGCUUGGGGAAGGAUUUUUUGGAGAGGUCUGGCAAGGUGUAUGGAAAAACAACAACAAAAAAGUUGCCAUAAAGACCUUCAAACGAGGUUUGUAUCCGAGCCGUGUCCGUUCAAGGCCACGUGUCGAGUAGACAUAGCACUGGGUGGCUUACGGUUUUAUUACGACGCUGUGAGACAACUGUGUCUGAUUUCCCCUACUCCCUCCUACCUAUACGCUGCAUGGAAUGUUCUUUAAAAAGCCCCUAUUUGGUGGGUGAAGGGUUUGCCUUGGGUGUUUAUGGCUUGAUUGGCCUUGGUUGUAAAUAAAUGUACGUUGAUUUGUAAUAAAGACGUUAAUCAUGAAUAUAAUCUUAAGUAGUGAUAAUGUUCCCCUUUUCUUCCAGCUCAUAUUGUCCAGGCUGACAUGGAGAAAGAAAUUAAUGCUCUGAAGAACCUAUGUCACCCUAACCUGAUCCAGCUCCUCGCUAUCUGUUCCAUCGGAGAGCCCGUAUAUAUCGUCACGGAGCUUAUGACCAAGGGAAACCUGAAUUCGUAUUUGAAGAGUUAGUAGGCUAACAGACCGUGGGAUUGUCAUACUCGUUUGAUUGUAGUUGUUAAGAUUGUCUGGGGGAUGCACGUCAAGCAGUAAUGGGAAUUUGCAACUUAAAGCGGUACUGUCAUGCCGAAUCCUGUUUUUUUUUUAACCCCCCUCCCGCCUCCACUACAUCCAAUUGACCUAUUGUCCUCCCCCCCUCCCCCACCCUGAGCGGCGGGUGGGGGCCAUGAAGAUAAUGAGGGGGGGGACCUACUGUCCUCCCCCCCGGCCCCCACCCCUGCGCGGUGGGUGGGGGCCCUUAUAAAACAAUAAGGGGGGGGGACCUACUGUCCUCCCCCCCAGCCCCCACCCCUGCGCGGUGGGUGGGGGCCCUUAUAAAACAAUCAGGGGGGGGGACCUACUGUCCUCCCCCCCUGGCCCCCACCCCUGAGUGGUGGGUGGGGGCCCUAAUAUAACAAUAAGGGGGGGGGACCUACUUGAAAGCCACCCAAUCAGAGUGCUCUGUGUCAUUUUACACAGCGUGGGAAAGUUCUUUUGAAUUUUCCCACGCUGUGUAAAAUGACACAGAGCACUCUGAUUGGCUUAAACCCACCAAUCAGAGUGUUCUAAGCCUAAUUGCAGGGCGGGGCAAGGCUGUAUAAGCCUUGACCCGCCCUGCGGAGCUCAGGAUGCGGCGUGCCCUCGAAGGGCAAACAUGGAUUGAUUUUUUUUUUGGCGCUCGUUUUUUUUUGUUUUUUUUUUAAGUGCGAUGGGUAUGAUGGAUUUUUAUUUGGCCUUUUUGGGGGCUGAAGAAAGAAGAUUUUAGAAAAAAGAAGACGUCAAAUGGUAAGUUUAAUUUUUUUUUACAGGUUAGUUAUUUUAUUCCCCCCUCACUAUUUUUAGGGUGAGGGGGGUAGGUAGGGGAUAGGUUUUUUUGGGUGGGGGGGGGUGACUAGGGGCUUGGGUGUUUCAUUUAGGGCCCCCACCCACCGCUCAGGGGUGGGGGCCAGGGGGGGAGGACAGUAGGUCCCCCCCCCUUAUUGUUUUAUUAGGGCCCCCACCCACCGCUCAGGGGUGAGGGCCAGGGGGGGAGGACAGUAGGUCUUUAUUUAGGUCCCCCAUGGGCGGGGGGUGGGGGGGUUAUUAUUUUUUUUUGAUUUUUUUUACAGUGAGCAGCUAUAAGCUGCUCACUACUUACUACACAUGCCCCUACUCGCGAUAUAGCGAGUAGGGGCAUAUUAUUUACUAAUACUAAGUAAUCUUUACCUAGUAUUAGUAAAUGUGGCUGAAAGACUAAUUUAGGUCUUUCAGCCUUUUAGUAGAUAGCUCCCUGAUACCGUGGGAAUUAGGGAGUUAUCUACUAAGCGGCUGCAAGAUGCAGCCGCGGCAAUGAAUAGGAUCAGAGUUUCAUUCAUUAGAAUGAAAUUCCGAUACCAACAAAGUGCCGAAUUGCGUUCUAAAAGAAACAAACAUACUGUUCUCAUUCAGUUAGAACGCAAUUCGGCAGUUUCGUCUAAAAUGACAGGAAGCAUUGUGGGAACACAGAGGGAAGGUAAGGAUCAUGGGAAAAUUGCUCUGACCAGCGGAAAUGAAGCACACUUUGCUCCUCCGCUGGUCAGAGCUGGUCAAGCGGAGGAAUCCUCCAUAAGGCAAAGAGUCCCUACUUUGUCUUAUGAUUUUAAAGAAAACUAAAGAAGACAGGAAGAAAAGAAGAACAGAUCCUGAGAGAGGGGGAGAAGAGGAAGAGAUUGAGGAAAGGUAAGUUCGGCAUGACAGUGCCGCUUUAAUAGCAAAAUGUUACCCAGAAUUAAACCAGAAAACUGGGUUCUGAAACUCAUUUUCUACGCUGCUGUUUUAGCCCCAAAUUUGGAAUCUGGUUACAAGUUCACUGCAGUUUACUCUCAUAGUGUGUUCCCUAUACUACAAAUACAAAUGGCAGAAUUCCGCUAUAGGCAAAGCUGGCUAUUUUUGCCAGAAUUUUUUGCAGAUUUCAAUUUGCUACUAUUUGGAUUUGAGCGGUAAAUCUAGCGAAUAUUCCUUAAUGGCAAUUGUUCCACUUGAUACUCAGUGAAUGUGUUUUCACUAAAUGCAUAAAAUAUUAAAAAUGCCAAAACAGUUUUCCGUUUCCCACACUCCCUCGUUUAGUUAAAAUGUUGUACAGAUAAGAAGUAGAGUGUAUAAAAGGAACACAAUUUAAACACAACCUCUUACACACAUCUAGAUAAUGCAAUUAGUAAAUGUAAACAAAUUGUAUAUUAUUUGUAUAGUUCCUAUAAUUACUGCAAUAGCCCAGCUAGUAUCAAAAGCAGAAUUUGGGUAGUUUGGUUCGCUCUUAUUUGAUAACCCUUCCCCCAAUGGCUUUUUAGAAAUAGUAAUUUAUUCCCCGUUUGCAGUUCCACUCGUCUCAUGUCACUAUUUUACAUCAAAUUAGACAAAUUGCUCCUUAAACUUAGAACAGACGUACUGCUCAAAUUGGACAAAACUGAUGUAGGCUCCGCGGGACUGAGAAUUCUGGGUGUCUGACAUCUCAGGGGCUGGCUUAUAGCUGCUGAGAUUUUUACUUAUCAGGGCAAAGUUGUUAUGGUGCUUAAAGUGAUGCUUUAACCCAACAUGCUUUAGCUUCUCAGCUACUCUAAUAAAUGUCUUCCUUGACAGGUCCCGAAGGAACGCGGUUAAGCUACGACUCGUUCCUGUACAUUUUUUAUCAGGUCGCCGAAGGUAUGGCUUACCUUGAAUCGGAAAAAGUGGUCCAUCGUGAUUUGGCCACUCGCAAUGUCCUGGUGGGAGACAAUCUCCUCUGUAAAAUUGCAGAUUUUGGACUGGCAAGAAUCCUCAAGGUUGGUGUCCUACAGGUUCACUUGUCCCUGUGGUAAAAAAGGAUAUUUUAGAAAAAUAGACAAAUAAAACUUCAUGAUUACUUUGCGAUUGUGUUUGAAUAGUUACCAAUUAAUAUACUUACCGUUCUCAGCUGAGUUCCAAUAUAAACAUGCCAGCUGAUCUAUUCGGUGCCUAAAGCCAUCCCACCAGGGAAGCUGCAUGGAUCCCCACCACCAAAAACACCAUCUCCACCACCAACACCAUCCCCACCACAACCUCUUUAGUACUUGUAAUACUGACAGAGAUGUUUAUCAUAAAAAUAAAAUAAAAAGCCAAACCCCUGAAGGAGCAGGGCAGGUGCCCCAUUUACCCCCGCCUAAAGGCAGCCAUAUCUGCAUUGUCUAUAACAUUUAUUACAUGUAUUUAUCACCAAGGUUCCGGAUCAGGAAUCAGUCAGGUGCGUGCAACAAUCACAUCAUAUACACAGGAUUUAUUACAGGGAAAAAAUUGCACUGGGAUUAUUUUAUGUCUUUUUUUUACCAGGGAAAUUUAUGUAAAAUCCAUAUUACUGGGACGUAUCACGAUUUCCCCCUCUAGUAUAAAUAUUUUAGAUUACAGUUUAUAUAUUCCCAUUUUUUUAAACGACACUUUACAGCAGCCUAACCUUUUGUGCCUGUUCAGGAUGAUAUGUAUUCUCCAGAGAAGAAUCGCGCAGUGCCAAUAAAAUGGACAGCCCCCGAAGCGCUCUCACACUGCAAAUAUACCACGAAAUCCGACGUGUGGUCUUUUGGGAUUCUCGUGUAUGAAGUGUUCACGUUUGGGCAGAUGCCGUAUAAAGGUGAGAGCAAUUCACCGGACAAAACAUGCUUUAAAAAAAAAAAAACGGAAAAAUAUUACCUAAUGUCUGACCUCUUAGCUGCGUCAGACUGUGAUGUAAUAAAUAUAGUUCUUGCAUUUAAACGAAAAUGGAGAGUCACAUGAAAAACAAAGUCAACACAACACAAGUUAUAGCUGAUUCACAAUGUGACAGUCACCUCUAAACCUUCAGAAAUUUACUGAAAUUAAAAAAAAAACUGCUCUACAGAUUUCAAUAAAAGCCAGCACGCAGCGGGAGCAGUGUCUAACAUAUUAUAUGAUGGGACAUGUACUGGGGUUACCAAGACAAGCAAGCAAUAUAGAUGGACAUACCUCCAGGUGCUCCAUAUGGUAAUGUGAGACACUGUAUCCAAUGUAUGGUGAUAUCAUGGGCCCAGCUCAGACAGUCGCUUACAUCGUAUCUUUACAAUUUUAAUUACAGUUUGCUUUAAAGCAACACUCCAGACCCUUAAAGCACUUUAGCUUGCUGAAAAGCAUGAUGAGUGAAGUGUUUGUCCUAUUUUUUUUCCAUUUUGCAAAAUGUGCAGAUUUCAAUAGAAAUUGUCACUUUUAUAAAUUACACUGGUUCAGGCAGACUCCUGUUACUUCCUGGUUUGUUUAGCUCAGUGGAGAUAAACUCAAGAGGCAGUAAUUGCCCAUUGAGCUGCAUUGGGGAGUUUGUGAUUGGACAGCCACAGAAAGUCUGGGUGGGGUAAGAAGGGGCGGGCUUGCAAAGGCAGCAGACAAGAGAACUGCAGCUUUUGCAAGCUGAUUUUAGAUAGAACUCCAAUGAAAAAAAUGCAUAAUUAAAUGCACACAAGUUUUGAUUUUGGCAAAUCUACUAAACAGUGAUUUUUAUUUAUUUUGUAUUUGGGCAGUAGAGUUUCCCUUUAAUGCUCUGCAUGGUUUUGUGAAUCAGAAACUUAGUCUAUUUUUGUAAGACCUGAGCUUUUUGGCAGUGAGCAGUUUAAAGUAAGCUGAUAAUAUAUUUUUGUGCAAUAUUAAUUUUUUUUUGUGCUAUACUUUCCUCCAGACAUGACAAACCCCGAAGUGUAUAAUCAAGUUGAGCAAGGAUAUCGACUGCCGAAAACCUCCAACUGCAGCACGGAGAUGUACAAACUGAUGUUGGAGUGCUGGGACAAAGAUCCCAACAAGAGGCCCAGCUUUCAAGAUAUUGUGGAAACACUGGCUGUUAUGAAAGAUUUCAGUCAGUGAACAGCAGUAAUUUUCAGAUAACUGCCCCCACUCAGACUAGCUGAACCACAGUCCAUAGUUGUCCCUCCAUAAUGUGAAAUGGUGGAACAAGGAGAAUUAACGGGAUUGCUCAUUUAGUACUGUCCUCUAAGAGCUAAUUGCAUUGUGUAAGUAAGGGGUAAAGAUACCUCCCCAAACCGUGUCCUGUCCCAAGUAUAAGAUAUAUCGAACAUUAUGCUCGUGGCACAAGACGAUGGACUGGUCAGAAAAUCCUAAAUGAGAAACUACGUUUUUUCCACCAAUAUCUUGUCACUCAGUUGGAUUUCAAGCUCUGUUUUCCAGAUCAUUCAUGUCGGAAGAACACAUCUUGUUGAUCACUGUUUCUUCUCAAUAUUACAAAGUUUUUUUUGUUUUUUUACUUUUAUGGGCGAUCACUGUAAUAUGAUAUUUGAAGGAUUAAAGUGAACAAUCGUUUAGUUCCUGUUUUAACUCACUCACUACCUGAGCCCUAGAACACCUGGAAGAUGUUUGCUGAUGGCAGAAAUGUUGAUCUGAUGGCAGAAAAGAUGUCUCGUGUUCUGUUUGUUUUUCCAGUCUAAUUCCAGGAGAUAACGAGCUUAAUGCAAAACACUCCAACCACCAUAACCAGAGCAAUGAUUGGUGGCAUGUGCAAGACUAAGCCUCCCACUGUUGGACACGUACUGUAGAUAUCCAUGUCGGUAUUAUCUGAUACACAGACUUCAGGGUGGAAAGUUGCAGUUUGUCAUGAACCAGGUUUGACAGAACCUAAAGACUCUGCACAAUAGUAACAAUAUACUGCAGUGGUUAUGGUGCUUAAACUUCUUUACUUUAACAUAAUAUGAUGUGUGUCUGGUUUUUAACUCUAUACGUCAAGGCAAUAAAAAAGAUUCCAGGCACUCCAAAUGUGAAAGCCGUAGGCAGAUUUAUUGCAACAAAGUGAAAAGCAACGUUUCGACCCACCAAGUUUUAAAAAGACCUCUUGGUGGGUUGAAACGUUGCUGUUCACUUAGUUGCAAUAAAUCUGCCUACGGCUUUCACUUUUGGAGUGCCUGGAAACUUUCUUAUUGCCUUGUCGUAUUGGGAUUGCUGGUCCUGUUCCAGAGCACCUGUGGCCGCUGGGAGUGAGUGUGGUUCCUGUGAUCAAUUUUUGGUUUUUGAUUUACUCACUGACUCUAGAAAACUGUUCUGGGAUGCUGUGCGUGCUUCCGAUUACGCGCAUCCUAUUUCGGUGAAUUAGACAGAAUCAUGGAUCCUUUCUUUGUGAAACCUUGUGAUGAUUUUAAUUGUUUGGUCUUCAGGAUAGUCUUACACAUCCUAAGCAUUAUUCAAUUAUUUAAUGUUUUUAAAGGGUACCCGCUGCUGGAAUAUGCCCUGUUUUUGUUUAUAAUAUUACAUAGAUAAUGCAAUCACAAAUAUUUCCAAAAAUAGCAAGCCAAAAUAAUAAAAUAGAAAGUGUACCACUGUUUAACGUUCCUUAUUUUCUCCUUAUUUUGCAAAUCUACGCACAUUACAUCGUGUAUGUGGAACUUUGCCCACUUCAGGAUUGAGUUUGGCCAACCACGAGAUGAUUCCUCUGCUCUAUGGAGUUUCGACGGUUGCUUAAAGGAACAGUCCAUUGAAUUUGUUUUACCGGUUUAACAGAUAUACCCCCAAAUAUAAUAUGGCGGUAUUUUUUUUUUCUCUCCAUCCUACUGUCUACCACCUUUGCAGCCUCCCCCUGUGUUCCUGAUACUGAUGUCCAGUCUGUGCCAGGGAAUUCACCAAUUGAGAAUCCUCUGUUCUGGAGCCGUGAGCAUGUACGCACGCAAUCAGGGCUUUCCGAUGCUUCUUAAUGAGCUGUAAUACAUGGUGUCAUUUUACAAGCGACAGCGGGGGAAAUGUCCUCCGUCAAUCUGUGUUACAAUAUCUCUUGAACUGUGAGAGAAAGGUGACUGGUACAGUUUUUAAAUGAAAUAUGGUGCACCGUGAUGUGGUGACAUCUCCUGGAAUUGACACAGGAAGUCCAUCUUCACCUUUGGCCAAAAUGGCCCACUCACGAAAAGUUACGCUAAAAAAAAAAGCCUAAAUGACUUUAUCGUGGAGUUCGAGAAUUGUUCAAAAUCAUUUGUACUUGGCCUUAAUGUACAAAUUAAUUUGCCAGUUCAGUAGUUAGUGAGUAAAUCUGUAUGUCAGACACAAUAAGACACUUGCAGGGUUAUCGGGGAAUUCAAAGAGAAUUUCAAAUUUGAGUCCAAAGUAGCUGAUUUGGAAAAAAUACUCCAAGUCCGCCACGCUCCCAGUUUGACUAAUUUUUCUUUUUUUGCAGUGCUUUGUAUAAACCUGUUUAACGGUUGACAAGUAAUCACACCUAUAUACACAUAGGUGUGUACAUACAUUGUACAUGUGAAAAACGUUGCGCUAUUUUUAUAUAUAAUACAAGUUAUCUCUAAUCUAGGUAAGCUUGAGGAGCCAACAACAUAAUCGAAAUUUAGAAAAGAAUAGAAAACUCUCGGAUGUUCCAGGAGAGGGAUACAAAAUAUGCAUGUGGAAAUACCACAGGAGAAUACAAGAUCAAUCAGAGUAUAUGUACAUUUUUGGUACAUGCUUAGUUAAACCCAGUAUUCAGGAUGUAGAUUGUGAUGGAACAAAUUGGGAAAUGUGACUAAUGAGCCUGGUCAUAGAGAGAGUAAUAAGGUGUGCUGAGGGGGCUGGAAGUGUCUCACCAUUUAUUAUAAGGUAAGUAACUCAUUAGACUGAAAAAAACCAUCCCUGGUUUGAUCUGGGUUGCCCCACAAAUAAUCUAAUUAAGACACAUCUAGCUUUGAAGCAAAAAAAACCGCUCUAGUUGAUAAAAAAUGGAAACAUAUUCAUAUAAAAUAAAUUAGGCGCUGUGACAAACUGAGCCUCAUCCCGUGUUCUUGGAGGGGCCUGCUGGCCAGCCUCUUACCAAAAGACUAUGGGCCCUUUAAAAGAACUAUGUGAACAGACUUGGUUUGUUGGAUUUUAUAUUUGGUUUGGGAACCAAGCAGCCGCACAAACCGGAGACCACCCUGGAGCUUGUUAAGCCUAAUUGUUACUUUGUAGCAGUUUCCACUGCAGUGUUCUAAGUGUUCGUCUGGUUGGCCACAAUUCCUAGGGAUUACCAUGAGGUGGUGGACAUAUUGUUCCUAUGAAAGCAGGCAGCGGUGUUUGGGCAUGAAUCUCAUGGAACUGAAAAUGGAGACAGAAACUUCCGAACAUUGCUGGACUUCCAGCAUUGCCUGCCUUGGUUCCACAACACUUAGAAAAGAGCUGUUCUGUGGAAGCAUUCCCACAAACAAGGGGAUCAAGCUCCAGGGUAAGACUAUUGACUCUGUUCGGUAGUUUGUUAACUUUAAAACUACCGAACUAGACCAUCCACAAGCCCUGAUUCUCUGGAACUGUUUUGGGCAUGGGACCAUGUGGGUGGUCAAUCAAAAUUAAGAUUUCCAGGAAAUUCCUGAACUGAUCUGGUUGAUUUUUUGAUAUGCUGGUCACCCAGAUCAGGGUUAUCAGGGGAUUUUGUGUGUUUUAAGGUACUUUUGGGGUGUUUGGAAAAUGUGUUUUUUGUGCCUGGAGAUAAUUGAGUUUAGUACAGUGCUGACUCAAUUAUCUCCCAGACAUAGGGGAGGGAUUGACCUAUUUUGUAUGUGAGUGUCCUGGACCUGGGAGCCAAUGUGAUUGUGUAUUUGUUUUUUACUGUGGUUUACUCUCAGGUCCAGAGAGUGCCCCCUGCAUGGUGACUGUCAUAAAAGGCCAGUUGUGGCUGCCAUUAAACAAGAUUCGUUUUACCCUUCAUGAAAUCUAGGUUCAUGUUUGGGGGAUUGGAGAGCUCUUGUCAUGGGAUGACAUGCAGGGUAGAAUAACAUCCUGGACCACGUUAUGUGAGGACUUGGCAGAGCUGGAAAUGCAAUAAACUCCAUCAACAGCAGUUUUCUUAGCAACAGGAGACAAUAUAGUUUCCAACAGUUUCCUUAUGUAGUUUGGCAGCUCCUUGACCGAAAUUGCUGUGUGGAUGCUGCCAAUUUGAAUGUGGUUACAACGCUGUUAGCCCUCCAGGCCUGUCAUUUGGACAGCCAGUGCUCUCUGGUGAUUUUUGGACAGACGGUGCCCUCUGGCGAUUUUUGGACAGCCAGUGCCCUCUGGGGAUUUUUGGACAGCCAGUGCCCUCUGUUGAUUUUAAAGCUGUUGCACCGAGUCUCUGAUGUUAUACAUGUCAGCUGUAUAUCCAAGAUAUUCUCCUCCGAUGCUCUCACACCGUCUGUAGCGGCUUUUGAUUAGCGCCAGAUCUGCUGCCAGCAAUUUGUGGAUAUCAGCCAGUAGAACGUUUAAAUCCGGUUUGGUAGUGGUAGCUGAGCCUUCAGAAGACUCUGAAGGUUGGAGUUAUCCAGCCUGAGGUUCUGGAAGGACCCAUUGCCCCUGUCUCUGGUAUUGUAGCUGGGGCUGUAACACGCAGGCACUCCGUGAGAGCUGGUCUGGACUGUGCAAGACUUUGUAGCAUGGCCGCAUUGUCCCUGCUGUUAGCCGAGGUACCUGGUUUUGUUUGGCUUGCUGUUUCUUUCACUCCCUCCGCAGCAGAUCUUCCGAGGAGUGCCUCCAGACUCGAGCAUGAGACAGGCCCAGUAUAGCGCCUAUGUUUAUGCUGUUUUGGGGUAUGGAAGAAUGGCAUCUGUCCAUACAGCUUGGAUCCUAGAAGCAGGUUGGCGGGUUCUGAUGUAGGAGAUGGUUGAUGAGAUUUAGGAAAUAGCUGUCAGAUAUGGUGCAUGAUCAGAUUUGUGGAAAGUUCCACCACCUCAUCCCAGUUCGACUCUAUUGACCUAAAAUGUUAAAUUGACUUUGAAUUUCCUACAGUUUUUACUUUAGUGAGUAGCCUGUUAGUGUCUUAGUAGAUGCUGUAGGAUGGGCACUCCUUCUGUGUCUGCAAGCCGUGGACCUGUGGUCAGUGUAUACUCGUAGACUCAGAGGGGCAUUUAAGCGAUUUGUUUUUUUGUUUUUUAUUUUUUUAUUGUUUGUGUUUAAUGAGAUUCUGCACAGGAAAUACAAUACGAAACAUUAACCUCACCGAGAAUAAAAACCAGGAAUGUAACUAAAGGUAAACAAAGAACUCGCUGCUCUCACUCUGAGUAAUAAAAUGGCGGAGCGUGAAAAAAGCAACAAAACCAUUAUAUAACCUCCCUGCUUUAAGAUAAAAUUCAGAUUAGAAUAUAAUAAAAAGCACAGGACUAUAAAUAUAUGGGUGAAUUCCAAGGUCAUUGUCCAUGCUUUGAAACUUCCUAGCAUUAACAUUUGGAAGAAAUGUUGGAAGUGCACCAUCGCCACCUGCAGGAAAGACAAGGUCAACACAGCAGAACCUUAAUCAGCCUUAGCAUUUUUAAAGGACCACUAUAGUGCCAGGAAAACAUACUCGUUUUCCUGGCACUAUAGUGCCCUGAGGGUGCUCCCACCCUCAGGGACCCCCUCCCGCCCGGCUCUGGAAAGGGGAAAAGGGGUAAAAACUUACCUUUUUCCAGCACUGGGCGGAGAGCUCUCCUCCUCCGAACCUCCUCUUAUCCUCGCCGUCGGCUGAAUGCGCACGGGCGGCAAGAGCUGCGCGUGAAUUCAGCCGGUCACAUAGGAAAGCAUUACAUAGUUACAUAGCUGAAAAGAGACUUGCGUCCAUCAAGUUCAGCCUACCUCACAUUCGUUUUUUGCUGUUGAUCCAAAAGAAGGCAAAAAAACCCAGUUUGAAGCACAAUUUUGCAACAAGCUAGGAAAAAAAUUCCUUCUUGACCCCAGAAUGGCAGUCAGAUUUAUCCUUGGAUCAAGCAGUUAUUACCCUACAUUGAAAGAUUAUAUCCUUGAAUAUUCUGUUCUUGCAAGUAUGCAUCUAGUAGCCGUUUGAACAUCUGUAUGGACUCUGAUAAAAGCACUUCUUCAGGCAGAGAAUUCCACAUCCUGAUUGUUCUUACAGUAAAAAAACCUUUCCUUUGCCUUAGACGAAAUCUUCUUUCUUCCAGUCUAAACUCAUGGCCUCGUGUCCUAUGUAAAGUCCGGCUUGUGAAUAGAUUUCCACACAAUGGUUUGUAUUGGCCCGAAUAUAUUUGUAUAAUGUUAUCAUAUCCCCUCUCAGGCGACGUUUUUCUAAACUAAAUAGGUUUAAAUUUGUUAACCUUUCUUCAUAGCCGAUAUGUUCCAUUCCUUUUAUUAAUUUUGUAGCCCGCCUCUGCACUUUUUCUAGUGCCAUAAUAUCCUUCUUUAGAACAGGUGCCCAAAAUUGCACAGCAUAUUCAAUAUGGGGUCUUACCAGUGAUUUAUAAAGAGGCAAAAUUAUAUUCUUGUCCCGAGAAUGAAUGCCCUUUUUCAUGCAUGACAAUACCUUACUGGCCUUGGUCACUGCUGAUUGACAUUGCACAUUAUAAUGCUUUCCUAUGGACGCUGGCGUGCUCUCACUGUGAAAAUCACAGUGAGAAGCACGCAAGCGCCUGUAGUGGCUGUCAAUGAGACAGCCACUAGAGGAAAUAGGGGAAUGCUUAACCCAUUCAUAAACAUAGCAGUUUCUCUGAAACUGCUAUGUUUAUGAAAAAAUGGGUUAACCCUAGCUGGACCAGGCACCCAGACCACCUCAUUAAGCUGAAGUGGUCUGGGUGCCUAGAGUGGUCCUUUAAUACUGAAUCCUGACUGGCUGUCACUUAAGGUUUAAACGUUCUCAUACAGUUCUGAGAUCUCUGUUUGCACUCCAUAAAUCUGUCUGCUUUUCAAAGAAUAAUUAAAAUUAACUAUCGUUCCAUUUUCUGUAGUACUUAUUACUUUAGUAAAAUCUAAUUCAGUCUGAGCUAUUCGGACCGCAGUCUUCAUUCUAUCAGAGUACUGGAUGCCAGCUUUCUAACCCACCACAAGUCUCUCGUCUCAGAAAGCCACGGAGUUUCCUGUAUCUGCACGUCCCUUCCUUGAUUUCUCAUUGUUCAAAGGCUGAGUAAAACGAGCCAUUGCUUCUUUGGUAACACAGGAGAAGUCAGACACACUAUACAAUGUAUCUUCACUCAAGAUGAGUGAAUUGAAUGAACCCAUUUGGCUCUUUGACAGAUUCCUGAGUCUAAUAAAAUAUCACAAUGCCGAGGAGGACGUUGAUUAUUUCAUUUACCAUCAUUUUAAAGUGCAGCCAAGCGAUUGGCUGGUGACAACGGUUCAACCCAAUCAUUACCCAGUCAGUAGGGAGGCAAGCAUGUUGGAGGACGGUAGCGGGCUAAACAAAAUAAACGCCAAGUUUGAUAACUGCGAUGGUGCCAAUGGAUGCAUGGGUGACGCUAAUGAUCACGCGAAGGUGGACUCUGAGAAACUAAGAAAACAAAUGUAAGUAUCAUAAAUAGCGAUGGUACUGUGUCAGCACAGCAUCAGGACCUUUAGAAUAGUACUGACACAGUGCUAAAUCUCACAUCCAGUUCUCAAGAUUAUUCUCAUAAUUCUUUCUAAAAAAUAAUUAUGAUUAGCAAUAGCAUGUUUUUUUUUUAUGUAAAAACACGCGUACCCUUUGGGUAUGUAUUCUAAUCAUAACCCUGUCUGCAGCGAACUCUUGUGCUGUUGUCUUAUUUUAACUUGCAGUGUUGUGGUUAGGUAAGUAGGGUUGUGUGCUGUGUGUUGUUGCGGGGGUGUGACGUAGUUCAGCAGCUUACAAUGAAAUAAGGGACAAUGAAAGUUAGUUCUGUAUGGAUGGCUGCCAUCGCACACCCUGCAUGGAACAAGUGCCGGCUUUCUGGCUGCUUGUAUUAGAAGACCUCGUACAGCAUCUUAUAUUAGCCUCUUAAACACCUCAUUCAUAGUACCGGGCAUUGUCCAAUUAUAUGCACCCCAGAGAGAAGCAUGGAGGGCAAAUCUCCAGAGCAUCUCAGGUAUUCAUAUAAUAAUAAUAAUUAUUAUUAUUAGUAGUAGUAUUUGUGGUGAUGGUAAUUCUAGUGCCAUUUUUAAUUAUUAAUUUUUAUGAAUCAAUUAAAAUGACUUGCAAUGUAAAGUCAUGGUAGACUACAAUUCUGAUAAUGCUCAGAGGGCAGGUUGAUUGAAGCUCUGUUCUAUGUAUGUACGUAGUGGGGAAUCGCGAUGCAGCAUAGUACAUAAACUAGCCCCAUUGAACCCCCCAAUAAUGACAACUUAGUAUGGAUGAAACAGGCCACAUCAUUUAUUAUCACAAACUAAAUUACUGCAUAACACAUCCAUAACUUUAUUUAUUAAAUCUCUUCUUUUUCUGUAACCAAAAACGUUAGACAUAAAUAAACAUAAAGUAACAAAUAUACAUAUAUACCUCCACACAUAGUGUUAUACAGUGACCCAACCGUCCUUGCCAAGGACAUACCCCCACCACAACCCUGCUGUUAUACACUUAAAAUCUGCGGGGGACCCCACCACAGUUAGCCAUGGCCUUUUCCACCACUUCUUGCAGCGCUAGAUUAACAUAGGCCUAGUCCGACCUCCAGCAAGCGCAUCCAUCCCCUCAAGAUAACCAGGCCCCGUCCCGCUCAAAACCCCAAGGCGAACUGGAAUACCCCAAACCCCCAAGACAAAUCUAGAAACCCAUCUUGUCCGAUUUCCGACGGCAGCGCACCAGGGCACUCAUAUUGCUGAGUGCACUGCCAACAGGAACGGGCGAUAGCCUCAGCCCCUGAGAACCUCUGGGAAGAAAACAGAAUGCGUAACAUGUCCAGAUUUAAGAUCAACCCAAAUCCCAAACAAUCACCGAAUCCAGGUCCUUCCACCCGGAUGGAUGACAAAAACCCCUGGUACACCCCAGGAGGCGGGACAGCUGACCACCGACGGGGCGGAGCCACACCCCUUCAUGUAUUUGGUAACAGACCCCCCGAACCUCCGCUCAAGAAGGCAUAAGAUCCACCACUCGCCCCCUGCCUCCUGGCCCAAAUUACAUAGGAGCAACCUACCAUCCCUAUUCCGGGGGGAAACCGUAACUGCGGAGAGAAAUCAACUCCGGAGACCGUCAGGGUGAACCUAAGGAACCUGCCACCCUGACUCCCACCAUUCGAGCCCUUUGAACCAUUGGCGCAGGCACAACAAGCCUGACGGCGCCUGUAGCCACCCCUAACCGGAAUGAAUGCCCCCUGAACUCCCCACCAUCCUUCCCCAGGAAUUCGAGCCGCAAGUGGAACACCCCAACAAAAUGGACGCAGGAGAGAAAACCCGUCUUCGAGAACCAAACAAGGGGUGAAGAGGCCGAAUAAUCCAGGGGACGGAAGAGCACUCACCUAAGGAAAAAAAGGACAAAUGUCGGAACCCGGCAUCUCCCCCGAUGGGAACGGUAUAUUUCCAACUAUCCCGGGAACCUAGUACAUCCUGUUAGGAGCCUAACCAUUAACUUGUGCAUUCCACCUACCUCAGGAGAAAGCAGAAGGGCCCGGUCAUGUAAACCCCGCAACGUCCAAGAAUGAAGAGAUUCUAUUGAUGAAUCAGCCAACUGCUACCAACGUACCUUACCCAAAAACAACAGCUGUCAAGCGGCGAAAGCCUGAAGGAAGUCCAUUCCGAUGCUUACUCAAUCCACUAAAACACCCUCCCACCUGCAGAUGACCGUAACAUGAACAGGAACCAACCAAGGAAAUGCUCUCAUCCGGCACAAUCACUCACGCUUUACUGUAGCAGGCCCCACAUCGCCUCAGAGAUCGACCCAUGGACCAGCUUCAUCAGUCGCUAGACCGAGCGACCAUAUCUCCACUGCCUUAUAAUUUUGCCCCGUGGAGCCCCCCACCUGAAGUACGUCCUACCGUGAACAAGAUAGAACCCGCGGGAAAAACCCUGCCUGACCAGACACUUCCAGACUCAAGCAGCGCCGAGCCAGGCGCCGCAACCAGGGUACCACCGGGGUAGAGGGUACUGUCACAUGAUAUAGACAGCCUGCACCACCCCACGAUUGUCUCAAUGGAAGAACUACCCACCCGUCCAGGAGUUGGGUACCCAACGCCUACCAUGCCACCAGAAUGGGGAAGCUCCAAGACAGCGAGAGUCUGCAAGAGCCCCGAUGAUUGCCAGCCUACUGGAUAAGAGUCAGCACACCAUUGAGAGCCAAAAAUGGCCCCAAAAAAACCCAAACCUGCUGCAGCGGCAACAGGUGGAAGUCAGUGGAAGGGACUUAGGGGGCCUGAUUGCACAAGCCACCGUUAAUGGAGGCCCAGAAGGAAACCCAAUACAGCCCGAAGGGCAACAUUGACAGGCAAAGCCCAGCUUACCCAGGAGAGCCCACGGGUAGCGCAGCAACAUGCGUCCCAGAGAGUGUCCUGACAGCAGAACCUCACGGAGCAUUCUCAGGGAGCCCUCUCCCCGACCAUGCUAUCCAGAAAAUACGAUGCCCGGACACCAUGCCCACGCGUCAUGGGGUGUAUCCGAUUACGGUAUCUUCCCACGACCCUCCAAUGGCAGGGGGAACAUAUCUCUAAUAAAACCCCUUCACCAACCCGCUCCCUAGUAUGCCGCGGCAAGCGCAAGCCAGGCGGGCCAUACUAGCGUACCUCAGUCACAGGAAACGCCUGCACGCUAUUAGCUGCGCAGGACGCUGCAGGAAAGUGUACUAUAACACAUCAUACAGUGGUGAUCCUGUACUUUUUUCCUUUUUUUUGUAUUAAUUUUAUCUUGUACUUUUUAUUUUAUUUAUCUAUUCCUCCCCGUUUUUUUUUUUUUGUCUUCAAGUAUUCCAUUUUGUAUUGUUCAUUUUAUUUAUUCUUUUUUUUUUUUGCGCUAAGACCCCCCCCCCAGCUCUGAAAGGAACCCCCAAGGGACCCGACUGGAUAAAGAAGGAACAACGUAUUUACCCGCCAGAAGGUCCAAGCAGAAGACACUCAAUUCAGCUUCCACUGUGUUCUUCCAAGGUGCUCCAGGCGCCACCUGCUAGGCAUUUCUAUGAACUGCAGCCAGGACCUGUGAGAAGGGCAGGUAGAGGAGUGAGCCCACGCUCCACCAGGAGGCAGCCGAAGUAAGUAACCAUCAGAGAGAAGAACAGAAGAGACAGGAACAGGUAAGAGCAGGGGAGGAAAAGAAAAGGGGGAAGACACAGAGGAGAGGAACAGAGGAGAGGGGCAGGAGAGGAACGGGGGGGCACGAGAGAACAGAGGGAGGGGGGGCACGAGAGAACAGAGGGAGGGGGUACAGGGGAGAACAGAGGGACCGACAAACAGAAGAAUCAGGGGGACACCGGGUGAGGAGUUGGGGCCCCCCGGAAAGCAAAAAAGGGGGGGGGGGGGCCAGGACCAGAUCAGUAUAGGGGCAGGGGAGAAAACCGAAGGAGGGGGUGGGGCAGAACAGAAAGAGCCAGGGGGACAAAGGGAAAGCGGAGUGACAGAGGGUGGGGGGGACAGGGGAGAGAGACCCAGGGAAGCCCCACUACGGCGGAGGAGGCUCCCGGGCCACCUGAGGCAAUCAUUGGGAUCCAAGGGAGUAUAGUGAUUAUAGCAAACCCCAUAGUGAAUAUAGCUCUCCAAUCCCCCGAACAUGAGCCUAAAAUUCAUGAAGGGUAAAAGGAAUCUGUUUAAUGGCAGCCACAACUGGCCUUUAAUGACAGUCCCCAUGCAAGAGGCACUCCCCCCAGGGCCAGAUUAAGAGCCCAGUGGGCCUGGUGCUGACAAUUAUGACGGGCCUAAUUACAGAAUCAUAUCGACCAAAAACAGUAAAACACUCCCAAGCGUCAUGUAUCUGAUGGAGAUGGUGCUGGAGAGAAAGAAAACAGCAGCUAUAAGAAAACACAUACCCUAGGCUAAUCUCUCUCUAAUUUAUGUUUUAAUCUUUCAAGUAAAUCCAUAACCCCUAUCAGCAGGGCCGGUGCAAAGAAUUUUGGGUACAUAGGCGAAGAUGCAUUUUUCCGCCCCCCCCAAAAACAUCUUCACCCAUGUGCCUCUUAACCUUCCUUUUGUGUUUCUUAUCCCGUCUUUUAAAUAUCUGACUCCCUUUGCCUUUGUGUGUCUCCUAUCUCUCCUCUUUGUAUGACUCUUACAUCCUCCCACAUUUUGUGUCUUACUCCUCCCAGCCCCUUUGUGUGACUCCUUUUCUCCCAGCCCCUUUGUGUCUCUUUCCUUCUCAAGCCCCGGUGUGUGUUUCUUUCACAUCCAGCCCCUCUCCCUGUCCCUUAAUGGUCCCCUCCCUUCUCUGACCCUUACUGUACCUCUCCCCUCUCUCCUCCUUUUCCUGUUCCUCAGUGUUCCUUUCCCUUCCCCCCUCCUUUCCCUGUCCCUUAGUGUUCCUCUCCCCUACCCCCACUGUUCCCUGUCGCUUAGUGUUCCUCUCCCCCUCCCUCCUUUUCCUGUACCUUAGGGUAUCUCUCCUUAGGGUAUCUCUCACAGACACUGUCCCUUGGUGCGCCACCCACCCCCAUAGUGGUCCCCUCCCCUUCCUGGUGUGCCUCCUACCUUUCUUGUAGCGUGGCUGAGCGGAGCGAAGUUCCUGUACCACGGUACACUCCGCUUGGCCACGCUACAGUCAGGGGUGUAUAAACACUGACAGUCACACACACUCAGUGACAAAUACACAGACAUCUCUGACAGCCAGACUCACUUAUCUGACACACUCAUUCAUUGACAGACACUCACACGCACACUGACAGGCACACAAACACUGACAGACUCAUUGACAAACACACACUGACACACACACACACAAACUCACAGACACUGACAGACACGUACUCACAUGCACACACGCACAUACUGACAGACACACUCACACACACUGACAGACACACAUAGUCACACACACACUGACAGACACACAUACACACACACUGACAGACACACUCACACACACUGACAGACACACAUACACACACACUGACAGACACACUCACUCACACACACUGACAGACACACAUACACACACACUGACAGACACACAUACACACACACUGACAGACACACAUACUCACACACACACUGACAGACACACAUACUCACACACUGACAGACACACAUACUCACACACUGACAGACACACUCACUCACACACACUGACAGAACCAUACAAACUCACAGACACACAUACUCACAUGCACACACACACACACACAUUAAUAAUCUAAAUUAAAUUUCCCCACCCAGCCUCCCUACCUGGAGAGCUGGCGUGGGUCUCUCAUUGGUGGUCCAGUGGGGCUGCUGGGAGGCGUGCGGCUGAAUUGGAUGCCGAGGUGGCGAGGGAGCUCUGAUCUCUCUGAUGUGCUCCCUCGCAGGCUGCUUACUGCUGCCGCGGGAGCGGGAAUAUGACGUCAUCAGUAAACAGCCUGCGAGGGAGCACAUCAGAGAGAUCAGAGCUCCCUCGGCAUCCAAAUAAGCCGCACGCCGCGCCGGGGAUCCAGGAGGUGACCUGGCAGGAGGGAGCACUUCCCUCCUGCCGGUCACUGGAAUUUUGCGCCCCCAGUGCCGGUGCGCCCUAAGGCGGCCGCCUGUGCCGCCUUAUGGACGCGCCGGCCCUGCCUAUCAGCAGUGUCCAGACAAGCAGGAAGUCAAUGGGCAUGGGAAAAGGGUGUGCCACUGACACAAAUCACGUAACCUGCCAAGAGGGGCGAACAUGCCCAAAGAAUUAGAAGGCCAGCCUGGCAUAAAUGCAUGUCAGGCUGUCUGCCAAUCAUGCAGCUGGCCAACUAAGGGCAUACUAUGCAGACAGUAACCUGAACUUGGCAUAAAUGCAUCUAAUGAUGCGCUCGCUCAACGCUUUCUAAGGACUGUACCCCAGCACUCGCUGGUCCACUUGUCUCCUUACCUUCUUACUAGCAGGCAGAAGCUCCUGGUAUAUAGUCUGGGACAGAGAAAAGCUGUAUGUAGUGAGUGUAGAAGAAAGGGAACAUGUCACAGUGUUAGAGAGACCAAAGGAUCACUAGAGGGUCAGGAACUUAAACAUGAAUUCAUGACCCUAUAAUGUUAACACCACCAUCUAGCCCCCCCUGGGCCCCUCAUGCCUCCGUAAAUAUAGCAAAAUCUUACUGUAUUCAAGCCUGAAGCUGUAACUCUGCAUGCUGUUAGACUCAGAAAAACAAGCAGUCUACUGACAUCAUUAGAAGUGGUGGCCUAAUCCAAUCACAGUGCUUCCCCAUAGGAUUGACUGAGACUGACAAAGCGGCAGAUCAGGGGCAGAGCCAGCAUGAUUCAAACACAGCCCUGGCCAAUCAGCAUCUCCUCAUAAUUGAAUCAAUGAAUCUCUAUGAGGAAAGUUCAGUGUCUCCAUGCAGAGGGUGGAGAUACUGAAUGUUUGGAUGCAUUUUAGGCAGCCAUGACCCAGGAAGGAUGUCUAACAGCCAUCUAAGGAGUGGCCAGUGAAGUUAUCACUAGGCUGUAAUGUAAAGACUGCAUUUUCUCUGAAAAGACAGUGUUUACAGCAAAAAGCCUGAUGGUAAUGAUUCUACUCACCAGAACAAAUUGAAUAAGCUGUAGUUGCUCUGGUGACUCUAGUGUCCCUUUAACUAUUUUCAUUGUCAGCCAAUCCACACAAGUUUUGUUCCCAUACAUCCCUCUUAAGUUUCCAUACUUAAGUAAGAGUAUGUGAAAAGUAGUUAGGGUUGCCACCUUUCUUGGAAAAACAUACCGGCCUUGCUAAUUUGCAUAAUUAAAUAUGUAUGGGUGACAUCACAUGAUGUAAAUCACAAGGAGUGACAUAAGAGAAAAUGCUGUAAAAUCACCAAAAAAACUACUUAGUUUGAUUCUGCUGUAUAGAUGGAUUCCUCCCAGUGGCCCCAUGUCUCCCAGUGCCCCCAUGUGUCGAUUACUCCAGGUCUCAGUGUUCCUAUGUAUCAGUGUCUCAGUGCCCCAUGUCCCCUAGUGUCGUGUCCCCAGGUCUCCCAGUGAUCCUAUGUAUCACAGUGUCUCAAUGCCCCAUGUCUCCCGGUGCCCCCAUGCCCCAGGGUCCCCAUGUCACUAGGAAGACGGGAAGACCUGGGGACACGGGGAGACCUAGGGACAUGGAGACACCAGUGACACUGGGAGACUAGGGGACUCUGGCUGGGAUGCAUGGGGACAUUGGGAAAAUAGGGGACACUUGAAAACAUGGGGACACAGACACCAGGGACACAGACACUAGAGACACUGGCUGGGGGACAUGGGGACAUUGAGAUAUGGGGGCACUAGGAGACAUGGGGACAAGGAGACCAGGGCCACAGACACUAGGGACACUAGCUUGGAGACAAUGGGACAUUGAGACACUUGAGGCACUGGGAGACAUGGAGGCACUAGGAGACAUGGGGACAGUGAGACACUGGCAGACUGGGGGCACUGGGAGACUAGGGGGCACUGAGACACCAGGGACACUGACUGGGAGACAUGGGGGCACUGAGAGACAUGGGGACACUGUGUCCCCAUGUGUCUGUGUCAUAAUGUCUCCCAAUGUCCCUUAGUGUCUCAGUGUCUGCCAUGUCUCCCAAUGUCCCUUAGUGUCUCAGUGUCUGCCAUAAUGUCUCCCAAUGUCCCUUAGUGUCUCAGUGUCUGCCAUAAUGUCUCCCAGUGUCCCUUAGUGUCUCAGUGUCUGCCAUAAUGUCUCCCAGUGUCCCUUAGUGUCUCAGUGUCUGCCAUAAUGUCUCCCAGUGUCCCUUAGUGUCUCAGUGUCUGCCAUAAUGUCUCCCAGUGUCCCUUAGUGUCUCAGUGUCUGCCAUAAUGUCUCCCAGUGUGUCCCUUAGUGUCUCAGUGUCUGCCAUAAUGUCUCCCAGUGUCCCUUAGUCAGUGUCUGCCAUAAUGUGUCCCAUGUUAGUGUCUCAGUGUCUGCCAUAAUGUCUCCCAGUGUCCCUUAGUGUCUCAGUGUCUGCCAUAAUGUCUCCCAGUGUCCCUUAGUGUCUCAGUGUCUGCCAUAAUGUCUCCCAGUGUCCCUUAGUGUCUCAGUGUCUGCCAUAAUGUCUCCCAGUGUCCCUUAGUGUCUCAGUGUCUGCCAUAAUGUCUCCCAAUGUCCCUUAGUGUCUCAGUGUCUGCCAUAAUGUCUCCCAAUGUCCCUUAGUGUCCCAGUGUCCCCAGUGUCUCCUUGCAGCCUUUCCCCCAUCCCUUACUUCCCUGAGCUGUAGGCUGUCUCUACAGGGUGGGAGUUGCUGUCUGGACUCUCUGUAGCUGCACCCCUGCAGAUCAGUGAGUAUAGAUAGGCAGGGAGGGAUAUGCUGGAACUUCCUAUCCCUGCCUGUCUCCACAUACAGCGAGUAUGGCCAGUGCUGGUAUUGCAUAGUAAUCUCAUACUGGCCAGUGCUGGUAUUGCAUAGUAAUCUCUUGUUUAUACUGAGAAAAAUACCAGCAUUUAUAUUGCCAGUAUCACUGCAAUAUUGGCACCAACCAGGCAGCCUCAAAUACUGGCUGUGCCAAUAAAAUAAAAGCCAGGUGGAAUCCCUAAGAGUAGUGUGUGAAAAAAAAAAUGUAAAAAAACAACAAAAUUUUUUUUUUUUUUUAAUAAUUCAAUGGACCUAUUCCAUGGGCCUGGGCCUGGGCCUGGAGCUGCAGCUCCAUCAGGCCCUAUGUUAAUCCGGCCCUGUACAGGAUAAUGGAUGUUCAACAGCAGAUGGUAAUUGCUGGACUACUGAAGGGAGAGUUUGGGUCUACAUAGUUAGACAGCUGGGGAAAAACAACCCCAAGCAGCAACAGCAAGACCUUGUGGUCCUUUGUCCCCUAUUCUAUAUAGAUAUGACCAUAAUAACAUCAGAAUAUAACCCUAGCCAUAUAAGGACAAGACCCCCCAAUCCACAUUUCAGACUUCUCAGACAAAGAAAGCAUUGUGACUUAUUGGUACCAUCUGUUACUUAUGUCAAUCCAGACAUCCAUAAAUAGUCAAUAAAAACAUAAAAUAUGCUAUAUUAUACAACUGGAAGAAAGAAGAUUUAGUCAAAGACAAAAGAAGAAAAGUUUUUUUUUUUUUUUUACUGUAAUAGAAAUAAGGAUGUGGAAUUCUCUGCCUGAAGAAGUGGUUUUAUCCAAGUCUGUGCAGGUGUUUAAACAGCAAUUAGAUGCAUACUUGCAAAAACAGAAUAUUCAAGGAUAUAGUUUUUCACUGUAGGGUAAUAGCUCCUUAAUCCAAGGAUAAAUCUGACUGCCAUUCUGGGGUCAAGAAGGAAUUUCUCAGACUUAACAAUUCAAAAAGAGCAAUUUAUAACUCCACAAAGCAUCAGACAGACUCAGUGACGAUUCCCUUACCCUCUUCUCCAAGUUCACCCCAUACCCUCCUUGGUACACAGAACACUUUGAGUACUAAACUCACACCAUACAUAGUGACAGACUCAGACCAAUAACGUCUAAUCAAUCAAUGCUCCAAUGAUUUAUUCCAGUAACCCCAGAAGUACAAAUGGUACGAGAUAUGCAUACACAUGUAGAGCAUUACAAAAUUAUUUGUUUUGUGUAUUUUGGGGGAGAUGAAAGGAGGAAAAAAUAAAAGCGAUUGACCAUACAUGGUCUCUGUCUCCACAAAGGGUUCAGGAAGACAGAGCUUACAUUACACAGCACAAAUCGAUCACUAUGCAAUUGUUAAUAAACUUAUAGAUACAAAUACAAAGUUAGUUGCAUUCUUCUUCUAGCUCCUCGGACCACGCAUUUCACUCCCUUGUGUUGAUCGAAACAAUGUUCUGCUCACUACUGUUUCUGAAGCUGCCAAUCGAGAGAUCAGCUGGAAUUAGAGAGAAAGAAAUUACAUAAAAGGAGGAGUAGUUAUAUAAUAGGGGGAUAAGUAAUAACCUAAUACAAGGAGCAAUUAUUUUGUGAGAGGAGUAUACGUGGUGUCCCUCCCACAAGGUACAGAUCUGUGAAUGUGUGAGUCUAAAGACCAUUUUUUAAAAUUUUUCCCUAUUUCUUUUUUAAAAAGGCAGAUGCCGCAUGGAGAAGCUAUUUGUGAAAUGGACAGCACCAGAAUGUAUUUAUGAUGUCAUGUUCUCUAAUAAAUCGGAAGUGUGGUCCUUUGGGAUUGUCCUGUAUGAGAUUUUUACUCUUGGGCAGGAACCUUACAAAGGUAAGAUAAGUCUAAACAUUAUCCCCUGUCCAGCAGCCUCUCUUAGCUCUAUCCACAGCUGGUAUCCUGCGACUCACACCAUUUAUUGUCCAGAAUUCAGAGUGGUUACCACUGAUGGUUACUGACUUAUGACGGGCUCAGACAUAAACUAUGGUCAGCCUAAAAAUGGCUGCAACAACUACAGGCACGAGAAGGAAUAGGACCACCCAGGGAAAUAAGAAAUUCAUUAAACUGGGUGUCCAUUGCUUUACUGCCAUUUUUGAGGCUCCUGGAUGGAUAACUAGGAGGGUAGGUAGUUAGGACAAAACUGUAUUUCAUGUAAAACUGUUGUUUAUGGAUAUCAAACAAAAGUUUACAUUCUAAUUUACUUACUGAUUUUCAUGCUUUCAUAAUUCGUUAUUGACAUACUUUGUAAUCAAAAUUAUAUAUAUAUGGUAUAAUAUUUGUUACUAUAUAUAUUUUUUUUUACAUAUUUUGAGAAAGACAAAUAGCAAUUUGAUAAAACUUGGAGAAAAAAACUAAAAUUGAAAAUGUGCUGGUAUUAUAAGACAUUUGAUUCCUAAAAAGUGCCUUCAGAACACAACCAUUCUCACUGUAUGUGUUUCAGCUGUACAGAACUGUGAUAGGGAAUUGUGUAGCCUGUGGUCUUUCUAAGACAGUGGGAACGUCUGGAGUGGUGACCAGACCUAGUUGGUACAUUCACAAGAUCAGCCCAAGAACUUAUAGUGACCUCAUUCAAGUGCCUACUACAUCAUUUAUUGGUUUGUUUUUAAUUUUUUUUAAGGAUUAACAAGGAAAGAUGUACUGUAA